AGUCGAUGCCCCGGAAGCGGCGGCCCGGAGCUAGCCGUGCUCGGUCUGCAGGCGCCGGGUCCCGGGCCUCGGCGCGUCCCGGCCCGGGGCCCUGUGGUCUGCACGCGCGCCUCGCGCUGGCGGCCCUGCGCCGGGAGGCAGGCCCGGGGCACCGAGUGGCUUGCCCUCUGCGAGUCAGGCCUUAGCUGUGUCGGGUCGUGAAAAACAGGCUCCACGCCGCGGGGAAGGUGAGGCGACUGGGGCUGCAGGUGCAUGACCUUCCCUGGGUCACUCCAAGGAGCCAUGGUACCUCUGAGGCUCUUCUCAGCAGCAUCUCAGACCCUGCUGGAGGGCCUGGCACAAUGGACUUUGUCUGCACAGGCCAGCCUCAGGCCCCACCGGCUCCCUCCACAGCAGGCUUCACCAAGGUUGCUGUCAGUGGACUGCACGGACCACGCCAGGCAUCAGGAGCCCCCAGGAAAGAAGCCACUCUCUGAGAAAAAACUGAAAAGGUAUUUUGUGGACCAUCGGAGAGUGCUGGUUCGUGGAGGAAAUGGAGGCUCUGGCAUGAGCUGCUUCCACAGUGAGCCCCGCAAGGAGUUCGGUGGCCCCGAUGGUGGAGAUGGCGGCAAUGGUGGCCACGUCAUCCUGAGAGCUGACCAGCACGUCAAGUCGCUGUCGUCGGUCCUGUCUCAGUACCAGGGUUUCAGCGGUGAAGAUGGUGGCAGGAAAAACUGCUUUGGCCGAAGUGGUGCUGUCCUCUAUAUCCGGGUUGGUUUCCCCAAUGCGGGGAAGUCCUCGCUCCUCCGGGCCAUUUCAAAUGCGAGACCUGCUGUGGCUUCCUAUCCAUUCACCACCUUGAACCCCCACGUGGGGAUUGUUCACUAUGAAGGUCACCAACAGGUAGCAGUGGCAGACAUCCCGGGCAUCAUCCGAGGUGCCCACCAGGACAGGGGCCUGGGACUCAGCUUCCUUAGGCACAUCGAGCGCUGCCACUUGCUCUUGUUCGUAGUAGACCUUUCCCUACCAGAGCCGUGGACACAGGUGGAGGAUUUAAAAUACGAACUGGAGAAGUAUGAAGAAGGCCUGUCUGAGAGGCCCCACGUGGUUGUUGCAAACAAGAUUGAUCUGCCCCAGGCCAGAGCCCGUCUGCCCCAGCUCCAGGCCCACCUGGGACAGGUCAUUGCCCUGUCGGCAGUGACCGGGGAGAACCUGGAGCAGCUGCUGCUGCAUCUGAAGGUGCUACACGAUGCCUACGUGGAGGCCGAGCUGGAGCAGGGCCGCCAGCCUCUCAGAUGGUAGCAGUGCCCAGCGGCAAGAGGCGUCCAAGCUGCACAAGCAAGCCUGAUUGUAAGACGUGGGUGGUUCUGAACACAUAAGAGAAGGUGCUUGUAAAUACUGGAGAGUGUUGGUGCUUCUGUCUUCCCUGCCAACUUGGGGUUACCCCAUCAGGUGCCCUCUACCCUCUGGCCUAGGACUCUCUCAGGUGGUGGAGCAUUCUGUGCCACCUGACACCCAUCUGCUCCCCCAGUGCCUUGCUGACUAAUUUGCUAAGGUUGACUCAUUUGUACUAAUUAAUACCCUUGAUUAGGAGGAGGACCAUGCCAUGCUGGUGUCAGCAAACGCUGCGGCGGCGGCACACACAUGAGCCCUGGGAGAGCUCAGCAGAAUAACGCAGCCAGAACCUGGGGCUCGCGCAUGUUAGUGCAUGUGGCAGAGGCUGCCUGUGUUGUAGCUGGAUCUGGGCACAGUGGUGCUCUCUGCUGCUCCCAAACGCCAAGGCGGACACAACUUCACGACUGAGUGCACUCAAUAUCCGGCACGGGCACGCCC